CGGCGGCAGAGGCGGCAGCGCUCGCCAUUGCCGCUGGUGGCAGGAGGCUGCGAGGAGCCGGCGCGGUCGCAGUCUCCACGGCGCAGGCCCACGGUAGCGCAGCCGCUCUGAGGUGGAAUACUAUGUGAUUUGAGUGUACCACGCUUUGUUUCCCAUCCACCCACUGAUGGACACUUGGGUAGCUCCCAUCUUUCGGCUGUUGUGAAUGAUGCUCCUAUGAACAUGGGUGUGCACAUAGCUCUGUGAGACCCUGCUUUCAGUUUUUCUGGUAGAUCUUCAUGGAGGACCACGGAGUGACCCAAACUGAACACAUGGCUACCAUAGAAGCCCAUGCAGUGGCUCAGCAAGUCCAGCAGGUCCAUGUAGCCACAUACACCGAGCACAGCAUGCUCAGUGCUGAUGAAGACUCUCCGUCCUCCCCUGAGGACACUUCUUAUGAUGAUUCGGAUAUCCUCAACUCCACGGCAGCGGAUGAGGUAACUGCACACCUGGCCGCCGCAGGUCCUGUGGGAAUGGCUGCUGCUGCUGCUGUGGCAACCGGGAAGAAACGGAAACGUCCUCACGUGUUUGAGUCUAAUCCGUCUAUCCGGAAGAGACAGCAGACACGUUUGCUUCGGAAGCUGAGAGCCACGUUAGAUGAAUAUACCACGCGAGUGGGGCAGCAGGCUAUCGUUCUCUGUAUCUCGCCCUCCAAACCCAACCCGGUCUUCAAGGUGUUUGGAGCAGCGCCUCUGGAGAACGUGGUGCGAAAGUACAAGAGCAUGAUCCUGGAAGACUUGGAGUCUGCUCUGGCAGAGCACGCCCCUGCGCCACAGGAGGUUAAUUCAGAGCUGCCACCUCUCACCAUAGACGGGAUUCCUGUCUCUGUGGACAAAAUGACCCAGGCUCAGCUCCGGGCAUUUAUCCCAGAGAUGCUCAAGUAUUCCACAGGUCGGGGAAAACCAGGCUGGGGGAAAGAAAGCUGCAAACCUAUCUGGUGGCCAGAAGACAUCCCAUGGGCCAAUGUCCGCAGUGAUGUCCGCACAGAAGAGCAAAAGCAGAGGGUUUCAUGGACCCAGGCAUUACGGACCAUAGUUAAAAAUUGUUAUAAGCAACAUGGACGGGAAGAUCUUUUAUAUGCUUUUGAAGAUCAGCAAACACAAACACAGGCCACUACCACACAUAGUAUAGCUCACCUUGUACCAUCCCAGACCGUAGUACAAACCUUCAGUAACCCUGAUGGCACCGUGUCACUCAUCCAGGUGGGUACGGGGGCAACAGUAGCUACAUUGGCCGAUGCUUCAGAACUGCCGACCACAGUCACUGUUGCCCAAGUGAAUUAUUCUGCUGUAGCUGAUGGAGAGGUGGAACAAAAUUGGGCCACGUUACAGGGAGGUGAAAUGACCAUCCAGACAACACAAGCAUCAGAGGCCACUCAGGCGGUGGCAUCACUGGCAGAGGCCGCAGUGGCAGCUUCUCAGGAAAUGCAACAGGGAGCUACUGUCACCAUGGCACUCAACAGUGAAGCUGCCGCCCAUGCUGUCGCCACACUGGCUGAAGCCACCUUACAAGGCGGGGGACAGAUAGUCCUGUCUGGGGAAACCGCAGCAGCCGUUGGAGCACUUACUGGAGUCCAAGAUGCUAAUGGCCUCUUUAUGGCAGACUAUGGAGGUUCCAAGUGGAUCCUGGCAAGAAGGCUGCAGGUGGGCCUGGUCCAGAUCCCUGUGAGCAUGUACCAGACUGUGGUAACGAGCCUCGCCCAAGGCAACGGGCCAGUGCAGGUGGCCAUGGCCCCAGUAACCACCAGGAUAUCGGACAGCGCAGUCACCAUGGAUGGCCAGGCUGUGGAAGUGGUGACAUUGGAACAGUGACACGCAGCCCUAUCAUGGCAUCGUUUUCUAGUCUACUUCAAUUUUUUUACAUGUUUGCAGAGGUGCAAUCAAAUGGAAUUAAGUCUCUCGACUUGGAAAGAAAAGUUUUGGUAACCUUUUUUUUUUAAAAAGGAAGAAAGGCAGCAGAUUUUGGAAUCACAUUUUUUUAAAGCACCACUUCUGGGAUUUGGUGGAGCGAGAAACCACACCGAUUUCACUGUCCCAAAAAAGCCAAAUUGUGGCCGGACAUAUUGUGCGGAAACGUGUGUAUACUUAUGUGUGUGUAUGUGUGAGUGUGAAUAUAUGUAUAUGUGUACAUAUGGACAUACACAUUUGCAUAUGUGUAUAAAGUAUAUAUGUACAUACAUAUAUAUGUAUGAAACCCGCAUGGAGUUAACUGUAUGAAAUCAAGGUGAACUGUGGAAAAUUAACCCACCCAGUUUAGUGGGUGGUAGGGUACAUGGCCAGACACAGUCACCUGGUUUUCGUUCAUACCAGGGUCAUGCAUUGAGCUACUGACAAACUCAGGCAGAGGUGACCACGUCCUUCACCAAAGCUGCCUCCCAGUGGCCGCCUAGAACUCUGCUAGAUUCAAGCUAGGGGAGGAAGAUCCAGGACGCAAUGCGGUCCAGAAAGUGCUUACCGGAGUCCAGUCACCACGCAUUUUGCCAGCAGAGACUUUUCAGGCUGGCCCAGGUGCUGACCUUGCCUCAGGCAGGUAAAUGCCCUACAGGCUCCUGGCAGGGGCAAGAAAUCUGUCCUCCUGUUCCCACCUCCUCCCUUCCCAGGAAUCCUUGGUCUCGUGACUAAUAAAGAGUUGCUCUGGUUGCCAGGGCAGUCCGGAACCAGUUCCCUGUGAACUGAAGGCAACAGGAGUGUUGGGGGGCUGAGGAAAUGCUUGUGGAGCAGGCGGGUGUAAAUGCAGGGGUGUGUGUGCGUGUGUGUGUCUGUGUGUGUACUGGGGAGAGAUUGAGGAGAGUAUGGGAGAGCAGGAAGGGAAGGAGGGAGAAAACUUAAUAAACCAGGGUGCACCCAUGGGAGCCGUGCUCUCCCGCUAUCUAGUACGUUAGCAGAGGAGACUGCCAGGCAAAGGACCUCUGCCUGAAGGCUGGCCUGGCCGUCACAGGGCGUCAGGAGAGAAGGGACCGUGUUCCUGGUCUGGCCCUGCUCCAGGAGGACUCUGCAAGGACCGUUUUCCCAGGCACAUCGCGGCAGCCCAGGCCUGGCACAGCUUUCCUGCUCACAGUGUGGAUUGGACUGAGCGUUCUCUGCCGGUGUGGCCUGUGCUUCUUCAGCCACCAGCCCUGAGUCUCCAGGGGCUAAUUCAUCUGACUUCUUGACAAGCCAAAUCUCCGCUCCUCACGUACAGGGACAACUCUUCCUCCCUCCUCCCGGGUCCUCCCAUGUGUGUGAUAGUGUAUUUAAUGUGCUGUUCUGGUUUUUUGUUUUUUAAUGAGACAUUAAAAGAUUCUUCAUGUCUUGCUCA